CAACCAAUUCUCCAGCUCUGGUAGCCGCUCCGUACUGAUCCCUUGAACGACUACCAUUCACACCACCACCGCCCGUCACGGUAACCCUCGCGACAACAUCUCCCUGACCGACGCAUCAAUCGAGUGGAGGCAACCAGGAGAAGAAGAAAAAAAAAAUUUCUUGGAAACCAUCAUGACGACUCUCGCAGAGCAGUCGAUGCCGUCGACUUCCUCGUCGGCAUCACCCAUGUCGAAUAUCAACGCCUGCUACGAUCCCGAUAUCGACUCCUUCAUCAAUCUCGAUCAGCUCACAUAUACCUCCGCCGAUUCCGCCCGGCCCAAGCCUGCCUUGAUCUCACAGCCCUCAGUCGCCAGCUCAGAGUCAAGUACCGGUGACAUUGGCACCAACAGUCAGCCCCAGAUUCCCUUCCCAGGCCCCAGUCAUCAAUACGAUGACCACAAGCAGCAGACGCCGCUACCACCCGGUGGAUUGGCCCAUGCGAUGGCCUUCAGCAACAACAAUGGAAUGAAUUUCACCAUGGGCGCCCAGGGAUUCCCAAUUAACGGCAACGUGUACGGAGGAAUGAGCGUCAAGCACGAAGAGACUCCCAUCGAUUUUGGAAGCGUGCCCGCCCGCAAUCCGUCGGAGAUGGAUCUCGACUUCUUCUCCAACCAGCCCAACCGCAACCAAUUCGUCGACCCUAACGCCCUGGGCGGACAUGAACUGUCCCCGGUCGGUCCACCCGCUCAGGUUGGCCGCAUGUACCCCGGAAUGCACCAGCAGCAGGCCGCCAUGGCCAAGGCCGCGCAGCAGCAGAGACAGCAUGAGAUGAUGCGUCAGCAGCAGCAGUUCCAGCAGCGCCGCAUGGAGGAGCAGGCUCGCCAGACUGGCCGCCAAGCGCGCCCCAACCGUCAUCCGGAUCCUGUGGUCGAGGAGCGCAUCUCCCGGUUGUUGCAACAGAUGAGACAGAGCAGUGUCACUUCGCAGGAGGACGCCUCGCCGCCCUCGAUCCUGCCCCAGAUGGCCAAGGCCAAGAAGGAUGAGGAGGAGAUGGAUGAGGACGAGAGACUCCUGGCCAGUGAGGAGGGCAAGAAGCUCAGCAGCAAGGAGCGCCGCCAGCUGCGCAACAAAGUGUCUGCUCGCGCUUUCCGCUCUCGCCGGAAGGAAUACAUCGGCCAGCUUGAAGGCGAAGUCGCGGUUAAGACCAACGAGGCGAACGAACUGCGCAUGCAGAACCGUGCGCUCUUCGAGGAGAAUGCCCGCCUGACAGAUCUGACUCGCAUGCUCCUUUCGUCUCCCCACUUCUCUUCCUUUCUCAAUGACUUCAGUCUAAACGGAAUUCCUUCGUCUCAGCCCCAGCAGCAACAGCAGGUUCAGCCGGCCGUCGUGUCUCAGCCUCAGAUGCAGCAAAACCACCAGAAGGAUGUGAACCCGGCCCGUGUUGCACAGGAUUUCCAGAUGCAGCAGAACCCCCAGGUUGGCAUGGUCAUGGUCCCCGAACAGAGCGUCAAUGUCCCGACCAUGGACAUGAACCCCAGUGGUUGGAAUUCCGGGAUCGAUAUGAACUUUACGAACGCUCCUGUUUUUGCUGUUUUUGAGGUGCCGGAACCUGUCAUUGACACUGGCGUGCUCUGCGGAAAGUCAUCGAACUUUGUUGGUUCUGAAGUGCUAGAAACCUCCAAGGACGAAUUUCCAUCUCUGGAGCGCCCGCCGGUCCCUGAAGCGCCCAAGGAGAAGACCAACGUUGGCACUCCUAACCCUGAUGUGGAAAUCGAUGAAUCCGACCCCGCCUUUGCUCUCUUCCUGGACUCGCCCCCAGUUUCGCAGUCGUCAUCACCCGAGAAGGUCCAGAACCUGUUCGAUGGUGUCGAGUCUGAGAAGGUUCUUUCCACCUUCGAGCUGGUCGUGGAAGAUGAGUCGACUGAAGUCAGCGCUGUUACCAUGCGCCGUUUCGAGCGCCUGUGCCACAGCAUGGAAGCCGCCUUCCAGCGUGUGUCCAUGGUCACCGCUCAUCUUGUUUGAAUCUACUGUGUGAUCGUGAUAGGGAAAAUUCAGGUGUUGAGGUGAAAUGUAUUGCCGUGUCAUCGGCCAGGCUGCGGUGACGGACAGGUUCUUCAUCGAUGCUCUCGUUCAGGACAUAACGAUUUUUCAUAUGUUCAUUAUCCUUCGUGACUCG